AUGUCGCCGGACUCGAGUUUGUCCCUACCUUAUGCCAAGCUCGGUGAUUUUGCCCCGACCGCCGACCUGUGUCGCCUCCAGGCCUCGCUGGGCCGGCCAUCCGUCCUCUCACCCUUCUCCCAGAACAAAACUGUCGCUGUACCGAAAACCACAACGAACCCGAGAACCCCAGUUCAUGCGCGAUGGACGACUCAUAGCGCAUCUCUCUGCCAUGCGUCCUCCUCCUCCUCCUCCUCAUCUACUUACUCACAUCCGGCCAAGCCCCCGACAACCCACUACGAUUUCUUCCCCGAAACGCUACCCGACGGCCCCCCACCCGCGGGCCACUUCCCCAUCAACCAGCGCGCGCUGCGCCGCGAAUUCCUCCAGCUCCAAGCAAAAGCCCACCCGGACCUGCACCCGGCCGACCGGAAAACCCGCGCCGAGGCGACGUCCGCGCGCAUCAACGAGGCGUACAAGACCCUCUCCAACCCGUUGCUGCGCGCCCAAUACCUCCUCUCGCUUCGCGGCGUCGACGUCUCCACCGACGAGACCUUGCGCGUCGAGGAUCCGAACCUGCUCAUGAUGGUCCUCGAAGCCCGCGAGGCCAUCGAGGAGGCCGAGGAGGAGACCGAGCUCGAGCCGCUCCGGGCGGAAAACGACGAGCGGAUUCGGGCCAGCGAGGAUGUGCUGGAGGGCGCCUUUGCGCGGGAUGACAUUGAGGCUGCGAAACGGGAGGCCGUCAAGCUGCGGUACUGGGUGAACAUCAAGGAUAGCCUGGAUGAAUGGGAGAAGGGGAAGCCCGUUGUCUUACAGCACUGA